UUCGUCAUGUGACAUUUUGCUGCCUGAUUGGAAAAAUAUUGCGAGUGCAGAAAGGAAGGAAAAAAAUUGUUCGCAGUCUCGAUUUGAUCUUGUGACUUGAAUUUUGGGACGGAGUGCCAGCAAAAACCUGUAGGUGGUGAAAAUGUCGUCCAAGGACCGUAUUCCGAUCUUCCCGUCGCGAGGCGCCCAGAUGCAGAUGAAGGCUCGGUUGGCCGGAGCCCACAAGGGUCACGGGUUGCUGAAGAAGAAGGCCGAUGCGCUGCAGAUGCGAUUCCGGAUGAUUCUGAGCAAGAUCAUCGAGACCAAGACGCUGAUGGGGGAGGUCAUGAAGGAGGCGGCCUUUUCGCUGGCCGAGGCCAAGUUCCUGUCCGGGGACUUUAACCAGGUGGUGCUCCAGAACGUCACCAAGGCCCAGAUCAAGAUCCGGACCAAGAGGGACAACGUCGCGGGUGUCACACUGCCCGUGUUCGAGUCGUACCAGGACGGUAGCGAUACGUACGAGCUGACCGGAUUGGCCAAGGGUGGUCAGCAGAUGCAGAAGCUCAAGAAGAACUACCAGAGCGCCGUCAAGCUGCUGGUCGAGCUGGCCUCGCUGCAGACGUCGUUCGUCACCCUGGACGAGGUCAUCAAGAUCACCAACCGGAGAGUGAACGCCAUCGAGCACGUCAUCAUCCCCCGGAUUGACCGCACGCUGGCCUACAUCAUCUCCGAGCUGGACGAGCUGGAGCGCGAGGAGUUUUACCGUCUGAAGAAGAUCCAGGACAAGAAGCGAAUCGCCCGCAAGAAGGAGGAAGUCCGCAAGGCGGCCCUGCUCGAGAAGGGCAUCGACGUCCGAGAUCAGGCCAACCUGCUGGACGAGGGUGACGAUGAUAUUCUGUUCUAAACAGCCCUUCGGUGCUAUUAUUGGUUGAUCCUUGCAUGUGUUACAAAUCAUCAAGAUGUAAAUGUUUUAUUCGUCCUGUGCGGGACGAGCAGUUUAAGCUACGCAGAAAAAUAUUCAAUGAUUCGAUAUUCAAAGUAUAAAAAAUAUAUAUAAACUAAACAGUGAACAAACGCAGAAACGGCGGUUUUGGGGGACUUUCGAGAAAUGAGCUGGCUACGGCCAACAGGACUUUUGACGGGGGUUUUGUCCUGUAAAAAAAAGAAGCAGUAAAGUGCGUGUCCUGUACCAUUAUCUGUGUGUAAUAGUGAUGUAAUAUUUUCCAUUUACGAUAAAUAAAGCUAACCUUGAGUAAAACGUA